AUGCCUCUGCAACUCCGCAUCGGGGGCCACUACCAUCUCUCUGCUUCGUCGUCGUCUUCCCUCCAGUUUGGCUCGCCCACUCACCGUCGCUAUGCAGAUGCCCACGAGCGGCCCGGCGCCUUCGUCCCCCGGCAUCGGGUCAUGGACCGCUACCGGAUCGUCGGCUUCAUCAGCAGCGGCACCUACGGCCGCGUGUACAAGGCCGUCAGCCGCGUCGGCACGGCGCCCGCCCCCGGGACGCACCAGGCCGCCGCCGGCCAGGUCGAGGUCGCCAUCAAAAAGUUCAAGCCGGACAAGGAGGGCGAGCAGGUCAGCUACACGGGCAUCUCGCAGAGCGCCAUCCGCGAGAUGAGCCUGUGCAGCGAGCUCCGCCACGGCAACGUCAUCCGGCUGGUGGAGACGAUCCUCGAGGACAAGUGCAUCUUCAUGGUGUUUGAGUACGCCGAGCACGACCUGCUGCAAAUCAUCCACCACCACACGCAGCAGCCGCGGCACCCCAUCCCCCCGGCCACCAUCCGGAGCAUCAUGUUCCAGCUGCUCAACGGGUGCCAGUACCUGCACACCAACUGGGUGCUGCACCGGGACCUCAAGCCCGCCAACAUCAUGGUCACGUCAGGCGGCGAGGUCAAGAUUGGCGACCUGGGGCUGGCCCGGCGCUUCGACAAGCCGCUGCACUCGCUCUUCAGCGGCGACAAGGUCGUCGUCACCAUCUGGUACCGCGCGCCGGAGCUGAUUCUCGGCUCGUACCACUACACCCCGGCCAUUGACCUGUGGGCCGUGGGCUGUAUCCUGGCCGAGCUGCUCUCCUUGCGGCCCAUCUUUAAGGGGGAGGAGGCCAAGAUGGACAGCAAGAAGACGGUGCCUUUUCAGCGGAACCAGAUGCAAAAGAUUGUCGACAUCAUGGGGCUGCCCACGCGCGCCAGGUGGCCCUUGCUGCCGGCCAUGCCCGAGGCCGGCCAGCUCAACACGUUGCAGGCGCCGCCGUAUGCCCAUCACCACCACCACCACCACCACCAUCAUCAUCAUCAUCAUCACAACCAGCACAACCAGCAACAGCAACAGCAACAGCAACAACACCAGCAACACCAACACCAGUACUCGCCCAUGCAGCAGCAGCAGCAGCAUCACCAGGGCCACCACUCGUCCUCGGCCACCGGCACCACCACGUCCAACCUGGAAAAGUGGUACUACAACACCAUCUCCAACGCCUCGUCCGGCGCGUCCGGCUCCUCGCCCACGUCCCUCGGCGCAGAGGGCUUCAAGCUGCUGGCCGGGCUGCUGGAGUACGACCCGCAGAAGCGGCUCACGGCCGCCCAGGCCCUGCAGUCGACCUUCUUUACCGCCGGCGACCGCGUCCACACCAACGCGUUUGAGGGCCUCAAGGUGGAGUAUCCCCACCGGCGGGUCAGCCAGGACGACAACGACAUCCGCACGAGCAGUCUGCCGGGCACGAAACGCACCGGCCUGCCAGACGACGGGCUCCUGCGGGCUACCAAGCGUGUGAAGGAGUAG